AUUGACAUCAAUAGUUUGCCACCUCUAUUGUGUACUGCAGAAAGGAAUCAAUUUACAGGUCAUAAUGAGGUCCCGCACUAGGUCCAGGAGUAGGCAUAGGUCUCCUACAGAACGUCGUAGACGCUCAAAAUCAAUAGAAAGAAGGGAUGGACGUAGACGAUCAAUUUCCACAAAAAGAAAAGUCCACAAUAGCGACGCAAAUAGCAGACGUUCUCGAUCCCGGAGUAGAUCUGAAAGUAGGAGACGUGAUCGGAGUAGGGAAAGAACGCGUCAAAGAAGUCCAAAGAAGACAAACAAUUAUGAAAGAAAGCGAAGAGAUUCAAACUUCUCUGAAAAUAAUGAUGGUCAUAGGAAGUCCCCUGCAAAAACAACCGAACGUUGGCCCAAUGAUAAGUAUAGGGAAAACAACAGAGAUAGAACAAAUAAUCCGUUUAGAGGGCAACCGUCGGCUAUUGUGCAUCACGAAGAAAGGCCUCGACAUGGAUUUGGCCAAAAAUCUAACUUUAAACGAGACCCCAAAUAUUUGCAACAGCGUCGAGAAGAACGUGAAACAAUUGGAGCCAAAGGAGCUGAAGAAGUUUGGGCCAAAAGCCCAGCACAUCCCGAGAAGUACUCUGAUGAUGAGGACGAUGAAGUCCAGUUAUUAGAACACACAUAUCAAGGACCAAAAAAGAAAAAAUCAAAGAAAACUAAAAAGAAGUCCAAAAAGUCUAAGAAAAAGAAAACUAAAAAGAGGAAGAAAUCUAAAAUGAAGAAAAAGGUUUCAUCGUCGUCAGAAUCCUCAUCAGACGAUUCAUCGUCUUCUUCGUCUAGUGACAGCUCCAGUGAAUCGUCUGAUAGUGAAUCUUCUUCUAGCGAUAGCGAAGAAGAAGUCUGGAUAGAAAAGACAGCCGAUUCUAUUAAAAAAUUGAAGACAUCAAAGAAAAAGAAAAAUAAGAAGAAAUCCAAAAAACAAAAGAAAUCCAAAGAAGCUGAUUUAAAGAACAUAGCAAAACCCAGUUCCAGGACACAAACAAAAGAUGAUGUUAGUGAAGAAGAGGAUUUUGGUCCUACAUUGCGACACACAGGAAGUCUGAAUCAGAAAGAUUUCGGGCGCGCAUUGCUGCCGGGUGAAGGUGCUGCCAUGGCUGCAUAUAUUGCAGAAGGCAAACGUAUACCUAGACGUGGUGAAAUUGGUCUUACGUCUGAGGAAAUUGCCAACUUUGAAUCUGUGGGCUAUGUUAUGAGUGGAAGUCGACAUCGUCGUAUGGAAGCCGUACGUAUUCGUAAGGAAAAUCAAAUUUACUCGGCCGACGAAAAACGUGCAUUAGCCAUGUUUAGCAAAGAAGAACGUCAAAAGCGCGAAAACAAAAUACUGGCACAAUUUAAAGAUAUGAUUAAUUCAAAAUUACACGCUAAAGACAAAAAAUAAUGUAUUUUAUAAAUGUAUGUAUUAAGUAAACAAUAUAUUUUAUAAAUACGUAGAUUUAAUUUUAUUUAACUCCCAAGAAGGGAGUAAUAAACCUAAAUAUCAAGCAA